CGUGUAACUGUACAUACACUGUUCUGCCCUAUUGUGAGGUGUUGAUGUGUGAGGUAUCCAACAUGUGCUGGUUCUGGAUGGGACUGUUCAUUGCCUGUGUCUCGGUGACCCUCUCUGAUGCUGAAUGUCACUGUAACACUGUAGCUGCCUGUGACGUGUUCCCCUCUACUCCCUGUAGCCAGGUCGGUGAUCCAGGCAGAUGUCAGGAAGGAUGGUUUGGUCCGUACUGUCAGAAUCAAAACAUUGCUUUGCGGAGAUCUAGCAGCCAGAGUAGCACACUAAGCAAUGAUCCAAAUCAGUAUGGAGCAGCACUUGGUGUGGACGGCAGAGCCACCACAAAUGCCCAUAGCUCACCACGGACAUGUGCUCAUACAAAGAAAGAGACAAAUCCCACCUGGACUGUGAACCUGAACACUUCAGUUCCAGAGAAGAUACAACACAUCAGACUCUAUCUACGUGGCGACGACCUUCAGGAGAGAAGCAACGGCAUGGAGAUACUUGUGGGCAGCCAGAUGUGCUACAACUGGUCAUCAACUGAACAUCCUCCUCCUAUAGCUAACGUCACCUGCCGCCAGCCACUGACAGGAACCACGGUCACUAUACGGAUACCUGGUCAACAGAAAUUCCUUACUUUGUGUGAAGUGCAGAUAUUUGUUUGCAGUGACGGAUGGUUUUCUGAAGACUGUGACAAACAGUGCCGGUGCCUUAACAGUACUGAUGUAUGUGACAAGAUCACUGGUCGCUGUUCUAGUGGAUGUUUUCCUGGAUACCAUGGUACCGACUGCCAAACAGUAUGUCCAGAUGGAUCCUAUGGUUUCAACUGCUCUUCCCAAUGUGGAAACUGUCUGAAUGAUGUCAGCUGUGACAAGACAAACGGAACCUGUCCUGGAGGAUGCGCAGCAGGGUGGAUGACCGGUACAUGCAUGCAGGCAUGUCCAGAUGGUUCCUAUGGUAUCAGCUGUACCUCGGAUUGUGGAAACUGUCUAGAUGGUGUCAGCUGUGAUAAGGCCACGGGAGUAUGUCCGGGAGGAUGUGCAGCAGGAUGGAUGAAUGACACCAUGUGCCAACGCUCAUGUCCAGAUGGUUCCUAUGGUAUCAACUGCAUCUCCCAGUGUGGAAACUGUCUGGAUGAUGUCAGCUGUGACAAGACAAACGGAACCUGUCCUGGAGGAUGUGCAGCAGGAUGGGUGAAUGAUAACAUGUGCCAAAUCCAAUGUCCAGAUGGUUCCUAUGGUAUCAACUGCACCUCUCAGUGUGGAAACUGUCUGGAUGAUGUCAGCUGUGACAAGACAAACGGAACAUGUCCUGACGGAUGUGCAGCAGGAUGGAUAAAUGACACCAUAUGUCAACUCCCAUGUCCAGGUGGUUCCUAUGGUAACAACUGCUCCUCUCAGUGUGGAAACUGCCUGAACGAUGACAUUUGUGAUAAAGAAGACGGAACCUGUCCAACCGGAUGUGCAGCAGGAUGGAUGAAUGGCAACACAAAGUUAUGUGAACAACCAUGUCCAAAUGGAUACCAUGGUAGCAACUGCGCCGCUCAGUGUGGAAACUGUCUACAUGGUGUCACCUGUGACAGAACAAAUGGAACAUGUCCUGGAGGAUGUGCAGCAGGAUGGAUGAAUGAUGACACCAUGUUAUGUUUACAACCUCUUGCUGAAGAAGGGUCCACAGCAGGAAUCGUUGGAGGGGUCAUUGCAGCUCUCGUAGUGAUAGCAAUUGUCGUGGUCAUUCUCAUUUUCUGGAAACGGAGAAAACGGAAAGACGAUAACGUGAGAGUACCCGUUCAACUGGACGAGAUUCCCCAGGCAGCAAAAAAAGAAAAUCGCACACACGUUUCAGAUAAGUCAUCCUCCAGUAAAUCCUCCCCGAAGCCAAAACCUGCAGGGGAGGAAGAUGAAGAUGCCGUGUUUUCUGUUGAGACUGAAGUCGACGGGGGCAGCGAUGCUGCCGCCACCUACUACAACUGGGUGCCACCUCACAUGCGGCUGGAUAACUUGAAACAGUGUAUAUCUGAGAAAAAGAAAAAAGCCUCAUUUGAAAACGAAUUUCAGACAAUCCCAUAUGGCGCCAGACAUCCGCAUGAGGCCGCAAUCAAACCUGAGAAUAUACCGAAGAAUCGCUUUCUUGCUCUGUAUGCAUAUGAUGAUUCGAGGGUUGUGCUUGCUGAUGAAGGCGAGGAUUACAUUAAUGCCAAUUAUAUCAUGGGAUAUGAUGACACAGCACAUUAUAUAGCAACACAAGGACCCAGACCGACAACAAUCACGGACUUCUGGCAGAUGGUGUGGCAGGAGAACGUCACACAGAUAGUCAUGCUGACGAGGCUGAUGGAGAUGAACAAGAAAAAGUGUGAACAAUACUGGCCAGAUGGAAGCAAAUCUGAAACCCACGGAGGUUGUACAGUUACAAACAAAAAUGUGACAGCGAGGACUGACUAUACAGUCUCAACGUUCCUGGUAAAAAACUCGGAGAGCGAGAGGUAUGUGACGCACUACCACUUCACAUCUUGGCCUGACCAUGGUGUUCCUUCUGCUCCUACCCUCGUCAACUUCUGGAGACUGGUCAAACAGGGAGACAUGGACAGGGGACCCAUGGUGGUGCACUGCAGCGCCGGAGUUGGCCGAACAGGAACGUUCAUUGCCCUGGACUACCUGAUGGAUGAAGCUGAGAGUGACAACAGGGUCAACGUGUACAUGUGUGUCAGCAAGAUGAGACAGAACAGGAUGAACAUGGUCCAGACAGUGAAACAGUACGAGUUUGUGCAUGAUGUGGUCCUGGAGACUCUCAAUAGUCGAGGAACACUCUACACUUCGUCUGAGUUUGACAAAACCUUUGGUGUUGACGACACAUUUACAUCAGACCAAGAGAAUAUGCUGAAAGAACAGUUUAAGUUACUCCAAGAACAAACAUCUGACCUCGAAGAGGAUAUUACUGCACGGCUUCCAGAGAACUCGAGUAAAAAUAGAAACCAGCAUAUUCUCCCGGGAAACAAAUUCAGACCCUACCUGUGUACUCCAGUUCCGGGUCGGAAUGACUACAUCAAUGCAGUGUUUCUGCCGUCCACCCUUCGACCAUCGACCAUGAUAGUUACCCAGACUCCACUGCCAGACACUGUGGUGGACUUCUGGAGACUGGUGUACGACCAUGACUGCUUCACAGUUGUCUGUCUGGAUGACUCUCAGGAGACAGAUGAAAUGUACCCCAAAGAUAGCAAUGCGUUACAAGUUGCACCAUUCAGUGUCAUACACGAGGAAUCUGAAUUUCAUGGAGCAUUUUAUACCGAGACAAGGUUAACGCUUAUGUAUGACAAGGAGGAUAACAAGCAGCCAGUCACAGUGUUCCGCGUCCGGUCACAGAGCUUGAUCUCCAACACCUCUUCACUCCUGGAGCUGAUCAACGAGGUGGACAGAAUCAUCAGCGCUGAUGACCAUAAGAUCCUCAUCCACUGCCAUGACGGUGCUGGAGUGAGCGGCGUGUUCUGCAGUGCCCUGAACAUCAUCAGUAGACUGAGGCUGGACAGAGACGUGGACAUCUUCCUCACCAUCAGGGAACUGCAGCGUGUCAGACCACAGUUUAUACAGUCCUUCGAUCAGUUCAAGCUAUGCUACAAAAUGGUGAAGGAAUAUAGCCGUACUUCAAACGUCUAUGCCAAUCUGUGAUAAAGAAACCACAUCAAAUAUCCUGCGGAGAUUUGCUCCACGGAUAAUAUCCGAAAUCUUCUUAAUUUGAGAAACGUUCAUGGUCUGGUUGUCUUGAUGAGGCACAUGUUCGAACAAAAUUUCCAGAAACUGAACAAUACACCAGAAACCAAUUUGCAUUAACGUAUAAACCAUGUAAAUCCAGUAGGGCUGGGACGGGUACUCGGGUACUCGAAUCCGGGUCGGGUACACCUGGAAUCGAGUCCUAUUUCUAGGAAUCGAGUACCCGGAAAGGGAGA